AUGCAAACUUCAACUGCACAGCCCGUGACCAACUUCACCACAGUGUUCCUGAAUACCACAUCCACCACCAAGUCCAAGGAGCAAAUACUAACUCAGAGUUCUGGUGCUAUGAUAGCACUCAUAGUCAUUGGGAUAAUCAUCAUUCUGAUCAUCUUACUCAUCAUUCUCAAGACCUACAACAGGAGAACCCAUGCGUCCAGGCUGCUCGCUGGUGUUGGAGGCUCCAAACCUCAUAAAAAGUCCUCCUCCACAACACAGGUGAACAUGCGUAUGAGUCACCUGGCGCCCAGUUCCGUGUCUGGGAGUUUCGUGCUGUCGUCCAUCCCGUCAGAGAAUGGCUUCCGUCUCCCACGGGUAGACUUGGCCAAUGUUGACCAUAACAGUUUGGAGCAGUACAGCACAGCCAGCGGCUCUACGGUUGUCAGCGUACACGACGCGCCUUCCAUGGAGAACACGUAGGAGCUGCCGCUGUCACAGCCAGAGCCUCAUGGAACAGACUUCAGAAUCGACGUGCAUGUCAUAUCACAAGGAUUAAUAGAAACAACACCACAAUGAACAAAGGAGCACCGUGCUGAACGCUUGAGCGAGACAGUCACACCAUACUACUGUAGGCCACUUGUGUAAUCCAGCAUAGAGACCUGGGCGAAGGUUCACAUUGUACCACCUCGGGUCAGAGGCCAGAACGCGCUGAUCUCCAGGCUCCAUUGCUGCCCAUGGCCGUUUUACUUAUAACCCACAAUAAUUCUGUGUGAAGGAAGCGAUGCGAAGAACACAAUGAGAAUUUGAGACGGGUUAAAAUAAGCGGGUUGUAGGCUAUAUGUCAAAUUAGUUAACGCAGCCAUGUCAACUGUUUAUAUUAAUUCAACAGAUGAUUUUGCACUGACCGUUGCUGUUCUUGUGAUUGUUGUGACACGUCUUUCAUGAACCUUAAUUGAAUGUGAAUCUUUCCUAGGUUUUGAUUUAAAGCUAAAAGUAUGUUGUAAUAAAAAGAUUUAUUUUUGUAAACUAUUUUAUUUAUUUUACUGAUUUCACUGUCAGGAAACUGUGUUUUAAAUAGGCUAUAAGGCUGUGCUUGCAUAUUAUCAAAAUGCUGAAAGAAUGUGGAAUCAUAGUACAGAGCUUUGUAUACGAAGUCCACAAGGUAGUACCAUAAUAUCCAUGAUGUCCUUUCUGUUUAUCUUCAGGCAAUCAAUUUCCAUAUUGCCCCAAAUAGGGAACAUUAUAUUAUCCAUGUAAUAUCUCCCAGCAUGCCAAAAUACUGAGCAUCACACCUUUUAAAAUCCAGCAGCAUCUUAAUUCAUCUGAAAGUGAUGAAAUACUAUCCACAUUGUAUUUGACUGAUCAAAGUUUCUUUUCUUGGUUAAACAUGGAUUUCAUCGUUGAAUUGACUUAUAAUGUGAAUGCCAUGCUCACCUAAACACGCUCUAAUAAAUCCUUAUCUCCAUGUUCUGAACAGUGAACUUCCUUAAUUUUCACACUUAAUUUCGUCUUUACUGAUAUUUCUGUUUAAUCAGCUAUACAAAACAUUUCAAUCAACAAUUGCAUCGUAUCAGAAACUUCAGUUUAUGUGGCAUUCCAAGGACGGUAAGAUUAAGAGGACUAAUCAGAGAAAUAAGUAGCUUCAAAUCUUGGUUUUGGCCCUGGAUAAAAAACAGCACUUGAAUUCAGAGAAGGCUAGCUCUGAUCUACAAGAAAG